AUGGCGUCAUCAUUCAACACAUUGAAUCCUCAAAUCAUUAUCAAUUCUUCCUCGGAUGUUACGAUUUACGUAGACACUCCAAGAAAAAGAUUUAUCGUAAACGCUGAAAUUUUAUCAGCUAACUCGUCAUAUUUUUGCAGCGUAUUCUCAGAUCAAUGUGCAUCAGAUUAUUGUAAUCAUGAGCAGGAUGGUAGCAUUUGUCUUGAAUUGCCAAAUAUCAGAUGUGAGGUAUUUGAAGCCAUAUUAAGUUUUAUAAAUAAUGGAUCUUUGGAUUUAGAGAAUUACGAUGCAUCUUUUAUCCUCGAAUUAUAUCUAGCUGCCGAUGAGUUCUAUUUACGCAAUCUAGUCUCACUUGUCGAAUUAUAUUUAUUAAAUACAAAAGCA